AUGUUGACACGCCUUCGGCUGGAGGCAGCUUCCUUUGCUCGGAGAGUUGAGCAGAAAUUCAAUCUGGCUCAGAAACAAGAGGAGCUGCGUGCGGCCCGCCAGCGGGAGUUCAUUCUGUAUGAAUUCUACUGCCUGUUAACUCAAAGGGAGAGCUUCAACAAGCUUCUGUCUGGUGUAGUGCAGCAGCAGUAUGACCAUAGUCAGGAGUCUCAAUUCGGCCUGGGGGAGCUCGCACUCCCUACGGGGACAGACAUCAACCCAAUGCCUAUCUUCCGCUUCAAGGCCCUUCUUUCACAGUUGGAAAGAGCAACAUCUAGAGAAGAUAUUCGUAAAGUCUUCAAGCAAGCCAACGAACGAUCGCUCUUCUGUGGUGCAGAGCAUGUCAGGGAAAUCCUUAUUUUGAUGGAUCGCAAGGAUCUGCGAGAGGAGGUAUGGAGGAUAUGCGCCCCAUACAUUCCCGAAAAAGAAUGCCUCUCUCGCGUUAUUGAAAUCCUUCCUGUGAGUGAGCAGCGCUCUCUAAAAAACAUAUAUUGGCCUCCACGAUAG